CUCACAGGUCUACUCAAGUCGAUGCCUAAGAUGAUAGUUCUACAGAUGAGUUAUUUCUACGUGACCAAACUUGGACUUCUUUUCCUGAUUAAUAUUUUUCCUGAAAUCACUGGCCAAGGAGAAUCAAGAAGACAAGAACCUGGGGACUUUGUGAAGCAGGAUAUUGGAGGACUCUCUCCUAAGCAUGCCCCAGAUAUUCCUGAUGACAGCACCGACAAUAUCACUAUCUUCACCAGAAUCUUAGAUCGUCUUCUGGAUGGCUAUGACAAUCGGCUACGACCUGGGCUUGGAGAUGCCGUAACUGAAGUGAAGACUGACAUCUAUGUGACCAGUUUUGGCCCUGUGUCAGACACGGAUAUGGAAUACACUAUUGAUGUAUUUUUUCGACAGACAUGGCAUGAUGAAAGACUAAAAUUUGAUGGACCCAUGAAGAUCCUUCCACUGAACAAUCUCCUGGCGAGUAAGAUCUGGACUCCUGAUACAUUCUUCCACAAUGGCAAAAAAUCAGUGGCUCAUAACAUGACCACACCCAACAAGUUGCUGAGAUUGGUGGACAAUGGGACCCUCCUCUACACAAUGAGGUUAACAAUUCAUGCUGAAUGUCCCAUGCAUUUGGAAGAUUUUCCCAUGGACGUACACGCCUGCCCAUUGAAGUUUGGAAGCUAUGCCUAUACAACAGCGGAAGUGGUUUAUUCUUGGACUCUUGGGAAGAACAAAUCUGUGGAGGUGGCACAGGAUGGGUCUCGUCUGAACCAGUAUGAUCUGCUGGGUCAUGUUGUUGGGACAGAGAUAAUCCGGUCCAGUACAGGAGAAUACGUUGUCAUGACAACCCACUUCCAUCUCAAGCGAAAAAUUGGCUACUUUGUGAUCCAGACCUACUUGCCAUGUAUCAUGACUGUCAUUCUGUCACAGGUGUCUUUCUGGCUCAACAGAGAGUCUGUUCCUGCCCGCACGGUCUUUGGUGUCACCACUGUUCUCACCAUGACCACCUUGAGUAUCAGUGCCAGAAACUCCUUACCUAAAGUGGCAUAUGCGACGGCCAUGGACUGGUUCAUAGCCGUCUGUUAUGCCUUUGUGUUUUCUGCACUGAUUGAAUUUGCUACUGUUAACUACUUCACCAAGCGGAGUUGGGCUUGGGAAGGCAAGAAGGUGCCAGAGGCCCUAGAGAUGAAGAAGAAAACAACAGCAGCUCCGACAAAGAAAGCCAGCUCCACAUUCAACAUCGUGGGAACCACCUAUCCCAUCAACCUGGCCAAGGACACUGAGUUCUCCACCAUCUCCAAGGGUGCUGCUCCCAGUGCCGCUUCUACCCCGACAGUAAUUGCUUCGCCCAAGGCCACCUACGUACAGGACAGCCCAACUGAGACCAAGACCUACAACAGUGUCAGCAAGGUUGACAAAAUUUCUCGCAUCAUCUUUCCUGUGCUCUUUGCCAUAUUUAAUCUGGUGUAUUGGGCCACAUAUGUCAACAGGGAGUCAGCUAUCAAGGGCAUGAUCCGCAAACAGUAAAUGGUGGUGACGGCACAGCAACCAGAGCACUGAAUGCUCCAUGCAACAUCCAGGCACCCAACCCUAGAGUUCCCCUUCAUAUGGUUCAGGAGUUUUCUUUUUAACCCUCUCUCAAGCUGUACCAAUCAUGAA